AUGCCCUCCCCAAUCGACGACUCCCUCGCGGCCCGCAUCUCCCCCGACUGCCCCCAAGACACCCGCGAUGUCCUCCACCACGCCUGGGCCCACGACCUGAGCGGCCUGAAGAAGCUCCUCGUCGACCGCUCCAAGGCCAGCGCCCAGGACCCCAAGACCGGCGAGACCCCGCUGCACGCCGCCAUCCGCGCCUGCGGCCCGGCCGAGAAACCAGACAAGAACGCUGCUGCUGCCGGCGAGGCUGAGGAGGGAAAAGAAGAAGAAGAAGACGAGGGCGAGGAUGGCUGCGUGGAGGAGGCCCGCGAGGUCGUCCAGGCGCUCUUCUUCUCCGGCGCCAUCUGGAACGACGUCGACGCCAACAACGAGACGCCCGGCUGCGUCGCCUACCGCCUCGGCCGAAAGACGCUGUACAACAUGUGCGUCGACGCUGGCGUGCGCGCAGAGAUUCUUUUUGCCCUGAUGGACGGCUACGAAGAGCUCUCCUCCGGUGAAGACGAAGAAGAAGAAGAAGAAGAAGAAGAAGAAGAAAAGAAAGAAGAAGACCAAGUCAUGAAAGACGACAAACAACCCGCAGAAGAAGAAAAAGAACAAAAAGAGAAGGAAGAAACAAACGCCGAAACCGCCAAAGAUCCAGAACCAUCGGCAUUCGUACCCCCCGACGUUGACGAAAAGCAAGUGACCAGCAAAGAAUACCUCGAGUCCGACCUCACCUACGACGCCAACAAGCUCCUCGACGCCGACCUCAACGGCGUCAUGAUGUCCUGGGAGACGGACAUCAUGCGCCGCUCCGUCGCCGCCCUCCUCCCCGACGGCCCGCCCGGCAAGCGCGUCCUCAACGUCGGCUUCGGCAUGGGCAUCAUCGACGGCAUGUUCGCCGCCCUCAAGCCCUCGCGCCACCACAUCAUCGAGGCCCACCCGGACGUCCUCGCGCACAUUGCCAGCCCCGGCAGCGCCUUUGGCGCCGCCUGGGAGGACAGCGCGCCCGAAAAGGGCGAGUACCGGGUCUGCAAGGGCCGGUGGCAGGACGUCGUCCCGCUGCUCGCCGAGCAGGGCUACCUCUACGACGCCAUCUACUUUGAUACCUUUGGCGAGGACUACUCGCAGCUGCGGACCUUCAUCAUGGAGUGGGUUCCCGCGCUGCUGGAUCAGGGGGGCAGAUUCAGCUUCUUCAACGGGCUCGGUGCGGAUCGGAGGGUGUGUUACGACGUUUACACGAGGGUGGUGGAGAUGCACUGCGCUGAUGCCGGUCUGGACGUGGAAUGGGAGGAGAGCGACGUUGACAUGGCCGAGCUGGACAAGGAUGGCCAGGGGGAGUGGGAGGGCGUUCGACGGCGGUACUGGACGCUGGACAAAUACCGACUACCUAUCUGCACCUUUAUGGGUUGA